GAGGGGCGGCGGGCCCUGUGCUUUCCGGGGACGCGAGGCGGCAGCUCCCGGCUUGUCGCGGUCGUUCUGCGGCUGCCAGGGCCCGGGGAGGGCCAGCAGCAGGACUCCUGCCUGGCGCCUUCCCUGCCGGAGCAUUGCUUGGGCGCUUUCAGUCUGGGCGUUGUGCUCUGUGAGAGCGAACGGGCGGGGGCCAUGCUGCGGCACAGGGCGGGCCCGGCCCGGGGGGUCCACACCGCGGCCAUGGCUGCCAAGGGAGGGGAAGGGCCCGCGAGGGAAUUCCGUCCUGGCACUUUCGGUGUGGGAGCAGUCGCUGGACGUGUAUAGCUUUGAAGCUGGCCUCCAUUAGAGCGACCAAGCACAGGGACCGUUUCCUUGGCUCAGAAAGCAGGGAGCCCCAGGUUUGUUGUGCCACAUGGCUACCAAGGGAAGGUGAGGGCCAGCACCAACAUUCCUCCCUGGCACCUUCGGUGUGGGAGCAGUUGCUGGGUGUUUCCAGUGCACGUUUGGGCUCUGUUAGAGUGUGAAAGCACAAGGACCAUGCGACAGUGAGGGAACCAUUUUCUCGCCUCAGAAAGCAGGGAGCCCAAAUUUUGUUGUGGCAGUUCCAUGGCUACCAAGGGAAAGUGAGGGCCAGCAACAGAAUUCCUUCCUGGCACCUUCUCCAAGGGAGCAGUGGCUGGAUGCUUCCAAUGUUCAAGUGGGCUGCAUUAAGAGUGUGAACGCACAAAAACUGCAGAAGUGAGGGGACCGUUUUCUUGGCUCUGAAAGCAGGUAGCCCAAGCUUUGUUUAUGUCAGUUAUAUGGCUACCAGGGCAGGGUGAGAGCCAGCGCCAGAAGACCUUCCUGGCACUUUGUCCAGGGGAGCAGUGGCUGGACAUUUCCAAUGUUCAAGUUGAGCUCCAUUAGAGUGCAAAAGUGAGGGGAGAUAUAUUUUUUCUUGGCUCAAAAAGCAGGUAGCUGUAGUUUUGUUGUGACAGUCACACAGCUAGCAAGGCAAGGUGGGAGCCAGCAAGAGUUCCUUCCUGGCACCUUCUGUGUGGGAGCAGUGGUUGGACUUUUUCAGUUUGGGAGCUGGGCUCUGUGAGAGUGAGAAACUGAGGGGACCGUUCUGUGGCUCAGAAAGCAGGUGGCCCAAGUUUUGUGGCACCAGUUACAUGGCUGCAAAGGGAAGGACUCUUAAGUGCCCAGAGACAGGAGUCCUGGGGUCCUGGCAUUCACCCUGAAAAUGGUGCUAGAGGCUGGGAUCGCAGCAGGAGUGGGCAGAGCCAAGCGUUACAGAAAGGGCAUUGGAUUGCUUGCUUAAGUUGCAGUGUCUAAUAUUAGCCACAGGUCGUAUACUUUAGAAGCCCUUUCAAGAAGGACAGGGAUCCCAGGACAGCUUUCUCAUCUGUAAUCCCCUGGAGCAGCACACUCAGUAGCAGUCCUUUGAGCCAUAACUUUUGCUCAAGCUACUGAACUUGAGCAUCAGGCUAAAACCACCUCCAGGUACCCGAGGUUGUAAGGAUACCCAAGGACAACCAAACUGGACUGAUAAACGGCAGGAAAAAUGUGCGAGUGAGGCAGUGCAGUGGACACCAGCAGCUGAAGUGGGUUCCUUUUGCAGAGACCAGUAAAGACUUGAUGCCAUGAAUCCAGAUAUUUCCAGGAUGGCACGCUCUCUGUAUGAGUGGCUGUGGCAGCACGAGUUCUGGCUGCCCCCAGGAAUCACCUGGCAGGACAUGCAAGAGUCUGAAGAUGUUCAUUACCCUCAGCCUCGUGAUCUCCUGAUCAGUAUCCCUUUUGCUUUAAUCUUGGUUGUCAUUCGAUGUGCCUUUGAAAGAGCCAUAGCCCUGCCGCUCAGUAGCAAACUGGGUGUGAGAGACAAGGAGAGACCAAAAGCUCAGCCCCACCCCAUGCUGGAAACAUUCUACAGUACGCGCUGCAAGAAUCCUGGAGAGGGUGAGCUGAUCAGUUUAGCCAAACAGUGUGACCUGCCAGUGAGGAAGGUAGAGAGGUGGUUCCGGCGCCGGAGGAACACAGACCGACCCAGCCUGUCGAAGAAGUUCUGUGAGGCCUGCUGGAGGUUUACAUUUUACAUCACUUCUUUCUUCACUGGACUUGCUGUCCUAUACGAUAAGCCUUGGCUUUGGGACCAUAGAGAGUGCUGGACAGGAUACCCACAACAGCCUCUCCAGUCCUCCCUGUUCUGGUACUACCUGCUGGAGCUCUCCUUCUACUGGUCGCUGGUCUUCACCCUGCCCUUUGAUGUGAAGAGGAAGGAUUUCAAGGAGCAGAUAGUCCAUCACGCUGCAACCAUCUUCCUGAUCAGUUUCUCAUACUGCGCCAAUUACAUCCGCAUUGGGACACUGGUGAUGGUGAUUCAUGAUGCUUCGGAUUGCUUCCUAGAGCCAACUAAGAUAUUCAAUUACAUGAAGUGGAAAAAAACUUGUGACAGCCUCUUUAUGAUCUUCUCAGCCGUUUUCCUCAUCAGCCGCCUGGUCGUUUUCCCCUACACAGUGCUCUAUAACACCUACUAUUACUCCAUGGAGAUAUUCCAACCCUUCUUUGGAUACUACUUCAUGAACGCUCUCCUGAUAAUUCUGCAGCUGCUCCAUGUCUUCUGGUCCUGCCUAAUUAUUCACAUGGUCUACAAGUUCAUCCUCCAGGGCACGAUGGAAAAGGACAUGAGAAGUGACACAGAAGAAAGUGACAAGGAUGAAGAAAGAGACCAGAUUAGGGAAAAGGAGAAAAAUGGGAUCACCUAUUUCAGCAACGUCACAAGCAACAAUUACAUCCAGAGGAACGGGUCUGAGCCACUGAACAACAGAACCCAUCUCACCAAUGGCCAUGUCAAGGAAAGAUAGCUACUGUUCGCGUGCGUCUGCUCUGGUCUGUAAUGAAUUCAGUCCACCGUCUUUAGAAACAGUUUUGCUCGUUGUGUAGAUAAAAUGGAGUGCAAUUGCAGCAUUGUAGCUGAAUUCCUGCUUGCCAUAAACAGAAGUGUUUAUAGUCAGUGAUAUUUGAAGGAAGUUUUUGGUCUUUCUUCAAAAGCUUACUGUAGGUUGUAGCCUUGAAGCAGAUAGAAAGGGAUCAAAGUGGUUUGACCUGUAUUAGAUUGUACCAUAGUUGUUGUUAAAUGUGUUAAUCUUGAAAAAUACUUAAAAAAAGGGUAAAACUCUGGCAAUGUCAAGUCUUAACCACCCUAAUGUUGUUUGAUAGGGUUCUGUUUAUCCUUAACCUGGAGGCCCUGCCACUAGUAAUAAUUACAGCUAACAAGUAUGUGUGAGACUCUAAACCUUAAUACAGGGACACCUUUGAGAAGACAAGUGCCCCAUACACAUACACCCUCUGAAAAUUAAAACUGAGCGUAGUGGAAUGAAAGCUUUGGACGGACGUAGGAGAAAACAUUUUCUUCUCAAAGAAAAUGCUGCUGUGUGCCAUGUGACCAGUUUUGUAAUAGUAUGGAUUUCAGUCCCUUCUGUUGUCAGCAUUACUGCCACAAAGGCAGGAAUUCCAAAGCCGAGACUGGAGAGAGUACCCACCCAAAUCAUAGUUGGAAGAGCUGGAGAAAUCCAGGCAGCUGUCUCAACUGUCAGGUAAUCCUUUAAACCUGUCUUGGAAGGAAACGCAGUCAGAAGAAGGGAGGUGACAAGAAACCAGAUAUUCUAGAAGACAACACUGACUAAGUGCUCAUGUUUUCACCUAGCAUGAUUAGCACAGUGGGAAACGUUUACAGAGUCAUUUUGUGGCAAGAAGGGAAUAAAUUUCCCCUAUUCUCAAAGCAAAAGGAUCCAGAGGAGAUCUGCUGAACCUUAUGGAGUAAUGCUUUAACAUGGCCUUCUAAUUCUAGGGAUGUAUCAAUAGCAAGUUUAAAGCAGUAGUCCAUGAAGUCAUGACGCAGUUCUGAUUGUUCGUUUAAUGUCUUAGAUCUUAUAUCCUCUGUAGUCUUAGACUUUGGAUUCUGUAAUCCAUUAUAAGAGUUAAAUUAGUAUGACAUUAAUUUCUGUUUUAUUGCUCAGUUAAUCUAUGAAACCAAAGUAUUAACAGAUUCAUUGUAAUGAGCGCAGGGACUUAAGACUGCCAAGGCCAUGCAGAGACUUCCCUAUGUGUGCCCAGUAAGGGCCAGUACUAACUUGGGGGCGGGACAUGGACCAAGGAAACACCUGAUUUGAGGAGGUGGUGCACAUGUUUAAUAGGCAGGUGACAGCACAGAAGAAUAAGAGGGUUUUCAGCAAUCCACUCUGUUCACCUGAGAUGUGACAGAGAGCUUUGAUCGCAGCUUGUGUGGCCUCAUCUUAGGUUUCAGUCAAAAUCCAUUGGAUAAUUUCAGAGGGGAAAAAGUGGUUCCAGCACAGGCGAUCCAGGGCAGUAACGUGCUCGGGGAGGAGAGCAUCUGUUCCUGCACUUGUCAUUUAAAUUUGUAUUUGCUGAAGUUUGUCUCUGAAACCUUGAGGUGAUCUGAAGUACGUUCUGUGUACUGUCACGUUUCUUUAAUCUGAAUACAGUCUCGCUACUCCUCUGCAGGUGAUGUGUUCAGGAGGGAUGGUUAUAUCUUAUUUUGUACUACUGAAUGUAAACAUUCUUUAUAAAUUAUUUUGAAAGGUUUGA